AUGCCGCUGCUGGGGAGGAGAGUGCAGUGGCUAUGCUGGUGGUGGGGGCUCCUGUGCGGCUGCUGCUGCCCCCCGCCAGUGCUGCCCCUCCUGCCCGCCGCGGCCGCAGCCGCCACUGGAGGGGCGCUGCUUGGGAACAGCAGCGGGAAGAGCAAUAGCCCCGGGGAGCAGCAGCAACCGCUGCAGCAGCCGACACCGCAGCCGCCCUCCUCCUCCUCUUCUUUCCCCUCCUCUGGUUUCCUUUACCGGAGGCUCAAGACGCAUGAGAAACGGGAGAUGCAGAAGGAGAUUUUGUCUGUGCUGGGGCUGCCCCACCGGCCCCGGCCUCUCCACGGAUUACAGCAGCAGCAGCCGCCGCCACCUCUGCAGCCCGAGCAUCGCGGGGCGCUGCCGUCCCCUCCGCCCCCACCACCGCCAGGGAGACUGAAGUCGGCUCCCCUCUUCAUGCUGGAUCUGUACAAUGCCCUGUCCGCAGACGAGGGCGAAGAGAGGGAAGAGGAGGAGGAGAAGCAACAGCCUCCGCCCCAAGGAGGGGGCGACCGGAGGGGUUGGUCCCAGCAGCGGCUGCCCGCCAGCCGGCCCCUGGCUCCGAGCGCGGCGGCGCAUGCCCUGCAUCGCAAAAGUCUCCUCGCCCCGGGCCCUGGCAGCAGCGGUGGAGCGUCCCCGCUAGCCAGCGCUCAAGACAGCGCCUUUCUCAACGAUGCUGACAUGGUCAUGAGCUUUGUGAACCUGGUGGAGUAUGACAAGGAGUUCUCCCCUCGCCAACGCCAUCACAAGGAAUUCAAGUUCAACUUAUCCCAGAUUCCUGAGGGAGAGGCUGUGACGGCUGCUGAGUUUCGAAUCUACAAGGAUUGUGUCAUGGGGACCUUUAAAAACCAAACUUUUCUUAUCAGCAUUUAUCAAGUCUUACAGGAGCACCAGCACAGAGAUUCUGACCUGUUUUUGCUGGAUACCAGAGUAGUAUGGGCCUCAGAAGAAGGAUGGUUAGAAUUUGAUAUCACUGCUACCAGUAAUCUGUGGGUGAUGACUCCACAGCAUAACAUGGGACUCCAGCUGAGUGUGGUGACCAGAGAUGGCCUCAAUGUCAACCCAAGAGCUGCUGGUCUGGUGGGCAGAGAUGGUCCUUAUGACAAACAACCCUUUAUGGUAGCAUUCUUCAAAGUGAGUGAGGUUCACGUACGUACCACGAGAUCAGCAACUAAUCGACGCAGGCAACAGAGUAGAAAUCGCUCCACUCAGUCGCAGGAUGUCUCCAGGGUUUCCAGUGCCACUGAUUAUAAUAGCAGUGAUUUAAAAACAGCCUGCAGAAAGCAUGAACUUUAUGUGAGCUUUCAAGACCUGGGAUGGCAGGAUUGGAUAAUUGCACCAAAAGGAUAUGCAGCCAAUUACUGUGAUGGAGAAUGUUCCUUCCCUCUCAAUGCACACAUGAAUGCAACAAACCAUGCAAUUGUACAGACUCUAGUUCACCUGAUGAAUCCUGAUUAUGUUCCUAAACCAUGUUGUGCACCUACCAAGCUAAAUGCUAUUUCAGUGCUUUACUUUGAUGACAACUCCAAUGUCAUCUUGAAAAAAUACAGAAAUAUGGUGGUGAGAGCUUGUGGAUGUCAUUGACCUGAAAGCCAAAAUCUCACCCGGUAAAAACCCUAUGAAAUUCCAUCCUGGAUUCCUAGGUGACAUCUGCUGUGAGAAAAGCUACAGAGGCAUGGCUGAAUUUGAGUAAAUUGUCACAAACAAUUCCAUGUUGGUGCCUUAUGGAAAAAAAAGAAGAAUUAAAGGACUUUUUAAUUGAUAAAUUGCUCACUGGAUAAAUAAUGUGAGUAGGCACUGGUUGGAGGAAGCUUAGUAUGGGGGUAACAAGAUGGUAGGAGGGUUUGUUAACUACAGAAAUGUGUUUGAAGGAUUUUCCCAAAGAAAAGUCUGCCAAAAUUAGUUUAGCUUGGAUCAAGCUAUUCAUGGUGUUAAUGCCUGAGAGUGAAGAGUAAAACUUAGGGGAAAUAAAGCUAUUAUUAGCUAUGUAACUCGGAUAUGAAUAUCAGUCUGUCGAAGGUAAAUGUUACAAGUAAAUAAGCUUGGGGACAAAUUUUACAGGCAAAUCAUUGGUCUUAGGGUUCAUUUAUGACAAAAAAAAAUUAGACUAAUACCCCUAGGCAUAUCCUAGGGCUUCAGGAAGUGCCUUGUUUUAGAGAAUAAUUGCUAUACAUGUGUGUUGGAGCUUUGCUGGUAUGAGAAUACACUUAUUUCAGUCAAAGUAAACUUUUUUUUUCCCAUGCCUCAAUCCUCCUACUAGGUAUCUUUUCCCUUAGGUCUGAGCAUACACUGAAUUUAUAUAUGUUAAGUACUAAGCACUUGGCCCAUCUUCCUUUGAGGUGAAUCUGGACUGGGGGGAUGUACUUUUAACAGUUGUCUUCUUGACGGAUUGUAUAACUUGUGAAAACAGUGUUAUACCUCACCUUAGCUCCUGUCUGAAAAUUACAGCAAAUGACAGAAAACUGAAUCUAGCAAUCCAUCUAUGUCAGUGAAGUAGGUUUGGGUUUUUUUUUCCCCCUCUUAUUUUGGAGCAUACAUUAUCCCAGAAAAAAAAAUUUAAAAGGUGAAAUUGAAAGUCUAUACAGAAGUGGGCAGAAGGUACCCUCAUACUUCAUAAAGUGGGUUGGGUGAUUACACUGUUUAAGAAAAGGAACCACAGUCUCAGGUAGAGGUGGUCAAGCUCAGAUUAAAUCUUAGAUUAUUUUUUAAAAAUCUGUUUUUGGGCAACCAUGUAAUAAAUCUAUUUCAUGCUAAACUGGUUAAACAAUACAUUUAUGAUCUAUAA